AUGGCGAGCAGCAGCACUGACGGCGAGGCCUCCCGGGCAGCGACGCCAGUCGACCCGAAUGCCAUCACGACGAGCUCUCUAAAGGCCCUUCAGUCCGCAGACCAGCGCAAGGUUAUGGACAUUGUGGACAAGCUUCGUCGCACCGGUCUCAGCGGCAUUGUAGAGCUGCCCCAACUCGUCGUCUGUGGCGAUCAGUCCUCGGGCAAGAGUUCUGUACUUGAGGCCAUUACCGAGAUUCCCUUUCCACGAAAGGAGAAUCUCUGCACUCGAUUCGCAACCGAGAUCAUUCUCCGACGCUCACCUUCAGCAACCAUCUCCAUCACCAUCACACCAGACAAGCUUCGUCCUUCUGAUGAGCAAGACACGCUCAAGAAGUUUCGCAAGUCCAUCGAUGACUUUGGCCAGCUGCCUGCAAUCAUCGAUGAAGCGACACAGGAGAUGGGUCUGGGCGUCGUUGGCGGCAUUGGCUCCAAGGCCUUUUCUCGCGACGUCCUGUCAGUGGAGAUUACUGGUCCGGAUCGACCUCAACUUACUCUAGUUGACCUUCCGGGUCUGAUUCACGCUACGAACAAGUCCCAAACCGAAGCUGACAAAGAGCUCAUCCUGAAUCUCGUCAAGGAGUACAUGGCGAAUCCUCGUACCAUCAUCCUUGCUGUCAUCAGUGCAAAGAACGACUUUGCCAACCAGGUCAUUCUGGAGCACUGCAAGAAGAUUGACCAGCAGAACCGUCGCACUCUCGGCAUCAUCACCAAGCCUGACUACCUCCGUGAGGGCUCAGAUAACGAGCAGUCCUGGAUCGACUUGGCCCAGAACAAGGACAUCUAUCUCGAGCGCGGUUGGCACAUGCUGAAGAACCGGAGCGACGACCAGAUGGACUUCACCUUUGAGCAGCGCAACGAAGCAGAGAAGCUCUUUUUCAGCAAGGGCCGCUACGUCCACGUGCCCCGCGACAAUGUCGGCAUCAACACCCUCUGCGAGCGUCUGAGCAAGCUCCUGCUCAACCAUCUCAUCAAGGAACUCCCAUCGCUCAAGGAAGAGAUUGCGAGCAAGCUCGAUGCUACAACCCACGACAUUGAGAAGCUUGGAGAGAGUCGCAAGACUAUCAAGGAGCAGCAGAUGGUCCUCAUGAAGAUCAGCAUGCGCGUCAACGACAUUCUCAAGUCUGCCACCAAGGGCUACUAUGAGUCGGGCUUCUUCGGACCCGUCAACAUGGAGGCUGCCGUCGACUCGUCUGACAACAUCCGUCGCUUCCGCGCCGUUGUCCAGCACCUGAACCUCGCCUUUGCCGAGGACAUGCGACUGAGAGGCCACAAGUACGCGUUCGGCCGGGGUCCCGGCGACAAUGAGCGAGACGCCGAGGAAGAGUCCAAGGCGUACAAAGAGCUCGAGAAACUCGAACUCGACGACGUUGUGCUUUCGCCCAAGCCCAAGAAGCUCAGUCGCAACGAGGCCGUACUCUGGGUCCAGAGGACGCUGGAGCGAACCCGUGGCUACGAGCUCCCCGGUACAUUCCAGCCCAUGCUCAUCUCGCAGCUCUUCUGGGAGCAGUCGCUGCCAUGGCAAGAGAUUGCCGCGGAGCACAUCAACAAGGUUGCUCGCGCGUGCAGGGAGUUUGUCUUCGAGGUGCUCAAGCACACUGCGCCCGCCGAGUUCCAGGCCGCGCUCGCCGCAGUCAACGUCGAUGCCGCGCUCGCCAAGACGCUGAAGAAGGCGAAGAAGGAGCUGGCCAAGAUCCUCAGGGACAAGGCCCGCCACCCCAGCACCUACAACCACUACUUCACCGACACUAUCCAGAAGAUCCGCCAGCGCAAGCACCAGAAGGCGUACAAGGACGCCGAGCAGGCCUCGGAGGUGAUCGUCCGGAGUCAUGGCGCCGCCGAGUACAAGACGUACGCGGAUAAGGACAAGCUGCAGGACGCACUCAACAAUGCGAUUGAGAAGGACAUGGACCGGUUCUCGGCGCAGGAAGCGCUCGACACGCAGCGCGCCUACUACAAAGACGAGCUGAAGUACUUUGUCAACGCCGUCGCCAAGGCCGUCAUCGAGCGCCACCUGGUCGAGCCUCUGCCCGAUCUGAUCCUCUCGCCUGUCACCGUCACGCAGAUGAGCGACCAGGAGGUCGAGUUCGUCGCCGCGGAGCCGCCCGAGAUCACGCAGCAGCGCGCGCACCUGGAGAGCAGGAGGGUGAUGCUGGAGAAGGGGCUUGACACGUUCCGGGAGGCUAUGGGCGGGCUGAAGCGCUGA